UCUAUUUAAUUUGGCGGGAAAACUUUGGUUAUUUGGUCGAGACAAUUCGAAAGGAAAAAUGGUUGUAAAAUAAGAUGCAGUUGUCUGUGAUUGUUUAACUUUUGUUAUCUAUUAGGUUUUAAGCAUAAUAAUUGAAUGUCUCCGUUUUCUAAAGCAUUACAAUGAACGUGAAUGAUGAAUAUGACAAGCAGUUUUUAAACCAGUAUCAAACACUGUUUUUGUCGGAUAAACUGACUAAUGGAACGCCAGGCGAAAAAGCAGACGUAUAUAGACGUCUGAUGGGGCAGCUCCAGUUAGCACGGAAUCAUGGAAGGUUAAGCAGUGAUAAUUUGGAGCUUCUGUUAAAAGAGUACUGGAGACCUUACACUGCUAUUGUGGAUACUCAUAACACAGAACAAGGCUUGAAUAACUUUGCUGAGGGAGCACUAUCAAUAUGCAGCAAAUACAGAAAUGAAAGCCAGAAAUGGAAGAGUUCUUUGUCACUGGAGAAAGUACAACAGAUGGAGAGUUACAAAAAAUACUUGGCUGAUGUCAAGGAUAAGCAGGAAAAAUUGCUUCCUGAAGGGAGGCAGUCAGAGAUUGUGAUAAAAUCUAGAGGUUCCAGGGACCAGACCACUACCAGUAAGCAAGGGGGACCAGCAAAGUCUAGUUUUCUGGCCAGCAGCAGUGGCCACUUACAGGGCCGGUUAUCUGACAGCCUGAAUUCUAAUCGUGAAAGGCAGCAUCCAAGGACAAUGAGAAAUCCAGGGGAAACUGAAGGGAAUGACCAGCCAUUUGGAAGCUUUAAUCAAAGACCACCUACAUUUGGCAACACUUCAGUUGCUGCAGGAAGUGAGAGAAAUCAGAUGGUAGGGGGAGGAGUCAAACAGUCUGGGAACAGGAGACCUUUGUUUGGAAAUGGAGGGAAAAUGUAUGGGGAGAGAGAAAAUGUCAACCCAUUUUCUAACCAUUUUGGUGAAGAAAAGCCGUUUCAGAACAGACAAGUGAGGGAAGAGAGUAAUUCCAUGAAGAGACCCUACAUGGACGAUGGUAUGGAAGGACCUAGCGGUCAGGGACAAAAUGACCAGCCAAGUUUUUCUGGCCCAUUCAGAACAGCAAAAGAACAACUGAAUAUUGAGAACCAGAAAAAGUUUGGGAGAGGGAGAGGAACGGUAUCAACGUCUUCCUAUGGAGCUACCAAGAAGUCUCUGGGUACAAGACGGGGCCCAAGCAGUAGGUUUGUGCCACCUGUGAUGAAUAGAGAAGAAAAUGAAGAACCUGAUGAUGUAGGUGUAAAAGCCAUCACGCGGUCUGUGUUGGGUAAGAAUGGAGAGAAAGGUGAAGAAGUGACAGAUGAACGACUGAAAGGAAUAGAACCCAAGAUGAUAGAACUGAUCAUGAAUGAGAUCAUGGAUCAUGGGCCUCAGCUUUCCUGGGAUGAUAUCGCCGGUCUAGAAUUUGCCAAGAAAACCAUUAAAGAAAUUGUUGUUUGGCCUAUGUUAAGACCAGACAUAUUCACGGGACUGCGGGGCCCACCAAAGGGGCUGCUGCUGUUUGGACCUCCAGGCACAGGCAAGACCCUGAUAGGUAAAUGCAUUGCUAGUCAGUCCAAGUCUACCUUCUUCAGCAUCAGUGCUUCUUCACUCACUUCUAAAUGGGUUGGUGAGGGAGAGAAGAUGGUGCGUGCAAUGUUUGCUGUGGCCCGGUGUCAUCAGCCAGCGGUUGUGUUCAUUGACGAGAUAGACUCCCUACUGUCCCAGAGAUCCGAUGGAGAACAUGAAGCCUCACGCAGGAUCAAAACAGAGUUCCUUAUACAGCUGGAUGGGGCUGCCACUUUGUCUGAUGAAAGAAUUCUAGUCAUAGGAGCUACUAACAGACCACAAGAAAUUGAUGAGGCUGCAAGACGGCGGUUUGUGAAGAGACUGUAUAUUCCACUUCCAGAGGGCGAGGCUCGUAAACACAUCGUCCUCAAUCUCCUGUCACAGCAGACUUAUCAGCUGUCUGAGGCAGAGUUAAACGCCAUUCAACUCAAGUCUGAAGGCUACUCUGGGUCGGAUAUGUCCUACCUGUGCAAAGAGGCGGCACUAGGACCGAUCAGGUCAAUGCCAUUUGGGGACAUAGAAAACAUUACAGCUGAUCAGGUGAGACCAAUAAUGUAUGAGGACUUUGAAGCUGCCUUCCAUCAGGUGAGAGCCAGUGUCUCCGACAAAGAUCUGGACCUCUACUUAGAGUGGGACAGAAUAAAAAUAUUUGUUGCGAGAAAAAGGGCCCGGGAGCAGCCAAACCCAAAAUCUACUAUAAAUCGUAAAUGUGGGAGAAAUUCAAACUUAUUCAACAAAGGAAAAGAGUGGAAGACUCCAGAUUUUGACCCGUCUCAGAUCAGAUUGCUGCUCUACAGUGAGUUGGAUGGAAAUCGCAGCAUUUUGUUUGACUCAAAGUCAGUCAUUAAAGUAGAGGAAAAGCAGUCCAGAUGUUCUCGAAGUUCAAAAUGUCACAGAAGAGAAACCCAGCCAAAUACAAGUCCUAACACUUCCGCAGGGGAGAACAGCUGCCCCCGAUAUCAGGCCAAAUACCAGUUAACAAAGCCAUGCUCGGAUUUCAAGACGCUCGAGGAGGUGCUAUUUGGCAGUGUGGGAAUGGCACAAAAGGGCUCCUCCCUCAAAGUCCAUUUCCUGUGGUCACAGAUGCUGCUGACCAAAGUCUUUAUUCCAACCACCCCAAAACAAGAAUCCCUUCACUGUGACCUCGAUCUAGAUCAAAGUUAUCAAAGUCAAGGAGAACAAACCAGUCCGCGGCUCAUUUAUCAGCCGGAGAAACCCCAUACAAAUGAUCACAGUGUCCCCAUGGAUGUACCUGAUAGAAUCGCCACCUUUGAUAUUUACGAUAGAGACAGUGGACUGGCUUCAUUGACAUCCAGUGGCAGUUUCCACACGCCUUUCCCCUCCCCCAGCAGUAACGCCAGUAGUUACAGCAGCAUGCAUCGGCGCUGGAUGAGAAGUAUGGCCACUUCCUUCGAGGGAAUCAAGAAACGCAACUCGCAGGACAACCUGGCUGCCCAAGAUGCACCUAACUCACUGGGUCCUCAGCCAGGCUGUAGAAAGAGAAAGAGUAAGCUCGCUCUAGGCAUUGUGUUCGGGGGCGACCAGAAGCAGAAUGAACAGGAGAACUUAAUUUUCCAGAAUUUCUUCUUUUCUCACAUUACACUGAUCGAAGGUCACCUUGAAAAGUUAAAGAUGGCGGUGGAGAAAGCCUACUGCUCCAAAAACAAGUUUGUGGACAUUGUCAUGGAGGCUCUGGAGAUAUUCCGUGGAGACAUAAUGGACCUGUACACCACGCCGCGCCUCAGUGAGCCCGUGUGGCUGAGCAUGAUGUCCCACCCCAGCUACCGCUACCAGAUCUGUGAGACCUUUAUGAGGGAGUUGGUCUCACUCAUCAACAAGUUUGACAGCAAAAAUAAUGAGUUUUUUAUGAGUACUUUGGUGACAGCAGUGCUGACUCAUCAUCUCGCCUGGGUUCCCACGGUAACCCCGGCUGGGGGCACGCCUUCCAAAACAUACCUCCAUAAUCACUCCGCUAAAUGGGUUGACACAUUAGCCAAAACUCAUCCUUACAACCCACUGUGGGCACAGUUAGGGGAUAUGUAUGGUGCUAUUGGUUAUCCACUGAAGAUAGCUAGGACUAUUAUUGUGGGGAAAAAAGCGGACAUUGUCAGGAAAAUCCUUUACAUAUUGAGCUACUUUAUACGCUGUAGUGACGUUCAUGAGAACAGUGAGCUUGGUUCCCUGAAGUCGUUCUUAGAAGACAUCAGUCUGGAAGCACAGGAGGAGGAUAAAACCCCCGUACAGGAGGGCUUCAAAUUCCCCACAGGCGCCGACGAGAAACUUGAAAAUUACUAUAAUAAUAGCAAUUCUGUGAUAAAUGUAACUGACAGUGGAACGCAUGAUGUUCACAGCAGUGGGGACUUCAACCGCAGUGUGGACAGGAAAAGUCUGAAACUAGAUCUGCAUGGCCACCCUAUUCUUCAUGAGGGAAGUGAUGUGAAAAGGAAUAACGAGGUGGAAUCAUCACUAGAGAUGAAUCAGGAUGAAGGGUAUUGCUCAAUAGUUCAGUCGGAGGACGGGGAAAAGAUCAAGUGUAGACUGUCGACAGAUAACGUGGUGGAAAACGUUCGCAUAGAAACUGUGAGAAAUGUCAACAGAGCCAUAACUAACGGGACUUGUGAGGAGAAAGUAACGAAUCCUGCCAAUACCACCUCAGUGUUUUCAUCUAAGUUGAGCCACAAGGAGGCGACAGUCAAAACUCCGUCCACAGCAGAUAUCAAACACCUGUAUCUUUCAGAAAGGAGCCUUAGUAUGUUUAACGAGUACAUGGAUGAUGAUAGCAUUGAAACUAAAACGAUCGAUGAGGUUCCAGAAGACAAGCGAGUGGUGAUUCAUCCAGCAAUAAGAGACCUAGUGACAUCCCAGUCAUUGGAAUGUCUGCCGGAAGCCUUGGAGGCGGAAGUGGGAGGAACGCAUCAGAGACGUCUUGGGUCAGUGGGUCAGACCGCACGACCCAAGGUGUCCCCCCUGUCUAGACAGAUCAGCUCUGAACUCUCUAAACCCUCCACCUAUAAUCCGGGGCGCUGCAGGUCUGUUACCCCCACUGAACUAAAUAGACGGCGGCACCUAUCCUCCACCAGCAGUUUCGAUUUUGACCACAUGGACCCUCUUGUUCAUUUCAAAGAGCUGAGUAUGCCAAGCAUAAGCAGUGAGAAAAAUAGUAGCAUUAAGAUGUUUGACAGGAACUUUGGACGGUCACUUCUGGCAGAUUUUUCUGACCAUUACCUUUCAAAUUUUGUCCUGCAUGGAACCUCCGACACCAACUUCAAAGAGAGACUCAUCAUUGACCUACAUAUGGCCACACAGCAUCCAGUGUUAGACGAACCAAUCACAGAAGCUGUGUUUAUUGUCGCUGAUACAGACAAGUGGACUGUCGACAUCAUGAGCAGUAAAUCGUCCGAUCAGCCUCCCAAAGUUAGCCGGGUGGUCGCUUCGCAGCUCGUUUGUAACAUGAUGGAUGCUGUUCAACAGCUUCAUAAACUUAAAAUGAGCUCAGAAUUUUGCUUAAUGCAUUUAGAGGAUCGUCUACAGGAAAUUUACUUCAAAAGCAUCAUGCUUGCUGAGUACUUGAGAGACAGCAAAAAUCCUGGGCCUUGUGACAUUAAAGGGAUUACAAAGUUACUUGGGUUUGAUGCUGGAGAUCUACCAUUGCUGGUUGCCAUUGCAGGAACGCAUUCCCCCCAUCUGUCCCUGGGGGUGGUCUGACACCAGCAGAGUACUGGUCUGUCCCUUGGACUGUCUAUACUUUACCCUUGAAGGGUGUCUUAUCUGGACAGAUCUGUCUUUGGGAAUGGUCCUUUAUGAACAGAUUGUCUGUUUGCUGAGCCACGGAGAUGGUCUUAUGAAGACAGACCGUCCAUUAAAGGAUCUUUGUGGGUGGUCUGGUAUAGAGAAACCUUUUGUUUACUGAGCCACUCUUCAGGCAGCAUUACUAUGUGAUACGAGAUCAGCUGUCUACUUAUACAAGCUUUAUUUUUGUCAUGUGUGUAGCCAGAUGUAUUAAUCAAGGUCAACUUCAGUAAAAGUCUAUGUUCAAAAUUCACCUGAAAUUAAAAUUAAAAUGUUUCCUUUCAUUUAUCUUGGAAUGUUUUGUUUUUUGAUUCAUGCUACAUGUG